AGCCCUGGACUCUGCGCACAGUGGGCAGCGGGCAGCAGCCAGCGCCAGAGAGCUUCUUCUCCCGCUUCUCCGCUCUGGUUCCCGAUCCUUCUCCCGGAGGCCACUCGCUGGCUCUGCGGACGCGUGCUCCAGCUACCCAAGGCCACUUCGCCGCGUCCCAACCCGUCCCGCCGGGCUACUUGGAGGGCACUUUCCCGGAGCUCAAAGUUGCCCAGCGUGCACGGUCAGACCUGGCGAGUGAGCUCGGACUGCAAUAUCCGCGCCAGCACUCGGCAACUUUGAAGAGAAGAGCAGCAGUCCCCGCAGCGGAUCGCAGCGGCUACUAUGACUUCCUGGCUUGGGCUUGUCGUGCUCCUGGGCUGCUGGAGCCUUGGGCACUGGGGCGCCGAGGCGUGCACAUGUUCGCCUAGCCAUCCCCAGGAUGCCUUCUGCAACUCUGACAUCGUGAUCCGAGCCAAAGUGGUGGGAAAGAAGCUGGUGAAGGAAGGGCCCUUUGGCACGCUGGUCUACACCAUUAAGCAGAUGAAGAUGUACCGAGGCUUCAGUAAGAUGCCCCACGUGCAGUACAUCCACACGGAAGCCUCUGAAAGUCUCUGUGGCCUUAAGCUAGAGGUCAACAAAUACCAGUACCUGCUGACAGGCCGUGUCUAUGAAGGCAAGAUGUACACAGGGCUGUGCAACUUUGUGGAGAGGUGGGACCAGCUCACACUGUCCCAGCGCAAGGGGCUCAAUUACCGAUACCACCUGGGUUGCAAUUGCAAGAUCAAGUCCUGCUACUACUUGCCUUGCUUUGUGACCUCCAAGAAUGAGUGUCUCUGGACCGACAUGCUCUCCAAUUUUGGCUACCCUGGCUAUCAGUCCAAACACUAUGCCUGCAUCCGGCAGAAGGGUGGCUACUGCAGCUGGUACCGAGGAUGGGCCCCUCCAGACAAGAGCAUCAGCAACGCCACAGACCCCUGAACCCAGACCUGCCCCACCUCACCUCCUUCCCAUCCCACUGAGCCUCCCAGACACUAACUCUUCCCAGAUGAUGACAAUGAAAUUAGUGCCUGUUUUCUUGCAAAUUUAGCACUGGGGACACUUAAAGUCUCUGCUGUCUAUGGAGUUGAUUUGGAAAUACCCUCCUGGCCCUGCCCCUACCCCUUCUUUCUUGGUUUUUGACAUCACCCAUUUCUAACUGGGAAUCUCUGGUGCCAAGCCAGAAAGAACGAGGCAUGUAUACUCCUGUUCUUCAUGAUAUAUAAUCUAUAUUUUUUUAGGAAAACGAAAAUUGAAAAAUCUGUCCCAUUUGGGCAUUUAAUAGCUACUCCUCUUUCUUCCUCUAUUGACCACAUCCUAGACCCACUUCCAGGUACACGUCUUCAUCCUAGCACACAAAGAGCAUAGAAAAGGAAGCUGGCAGAUGUCCAACCGUUUCCUAGUCAGUCAAGGGCAGCAAGCAGACAGACGCCAGGUAUUCGAAAGACCUUAUCCACAGAGGCUAUGCAACUGUGUGUCUGGAUCAGAUGGUCUGUCUAUGUCUGCGUGUCAGAGGGAGGGAGGGAAGGGGAAACUGCAGGAGCGGGUCUGAGAUGACACACAGUUCCCCUGCCCUGGGAUACUUGGGUUGACCAGAUGUUUCAGAUCCUGGAGCAAGCAUCCAUGUCAGAGUAAUAGAACUUUCUGAGUUGGUGAAGACUUAAACAUCUGCCUGAGUUCAGCAGACAACCUGUCUGUGUGUACAAAAACUCAGACAAAGGGUUGAGAUGAACAUCUUUCCUCUCCUGCCUCCCAUGAGACAUCCUCCUGGGAAUUCUUGGGGAAGUUUGGUUGAAGCUUGCCAACGUAUAAGCUGGAGAAAUACACACCAGACACUAUCCACAGAUAUAGUCAAGUAGAUUUGGGUAGAGAAUACUAUUUCCAAAGUAGUGUUUAGUUCAUCUAGGGGGACGUGUUUAUAUACACAUUUUCAUAUACCCACAGGGGAUUCUGAGCUAAUUUUUAUAGGACACAGAAUUCUAUUCAAUGCUGUUAAAUAUGCGAAUAGUUUAAUCUCUUUUCUUUUGUUGUUUGAUGGGAAAUUGUGACAUUCCAAGUUGACUUUUUUUUCAUUUGAAUUAAAAAUUUGAAACUCUGAACACCCUCAGCACCCUCUUGUCCCUAUAACUGGGGUCCUCUGACCUCUGACCUCCUUUCUUCCUUCUGCUUUGUGUUCGGGGUGUCCUUCACUUAAUUGCCUUACUGGCCAGCUGAUGGCAGGUGAGUGGGAGUGUAGGUUAGGGGCCUUCCUUCACAGGAGAGGGACAGUUGCACAGUGUUCUGCCCCAGUGGAAUGCCUCCUCUCCUGGAUCUGGGGACAGCAUACACAUUUUUCCCAGCUCAGUAGUGGGUGAACAUCACCUCCUGAGGUGGUCACCUCACAGAAUGAACAUGGUUGGUUGGUCACUGAGGGGGCCAGGCUCUGCCGUCAAACUGUAGGCCAUUUGUUGUGUUGUAUUUUUGUUUUUAAAAUAAAACUAUAAUAUAAAUUUUCAUAUUAAAUAAGAUUAUUUUAAGUUUUAGUGUCAUAAAUGCAAUGCCAAUAGUAGGUGAUAAUGUGUAUUUUACAGAGUUUGAGGUGGCAAGGUGGUGACGUUUAACAUUGCUCUCUGUCUCUUUUCGGAGUAUGGGUAUUCAGCCCCUAUUAGUGUCAUAUCUUCAGCUCAUUCCACUUUAGGAAACAUAGUUACCAAUUAUAAGUAGAAAGAGAGAGAGAGAAGCCAACAGGUUCCAGUGUCUGUCCCCCGACCCCUCCCCACAUACACCAAUGCUUUGGCCUGUGUUUGACAGCCUCGCAGAGCAGGAAGACAGUUCAGGCGAUGGGUGUCAAGUUUCCUCUUGGCUGAUUUCAUUCCCCUGUGCUCACAGGGAACAGAAGGCAUGGCCCUUCCCAUGGUGUGGAGCAGAAGGAGCAGAGGUCAGCAAACCAGUACUUCUUAAGGGGUGACUUACUGUUUGGGGUUCUUUACUUCAACCUCAGAGUCUCCUAACAUGGAGCUCCCGCUCUACCCUGCUCAAGUGCCCUCCCUUAUGCUCGCCCCAGAGUCUCUUUCAAGAGGCCUGUAGCCAUUCUCAAUUCCCAUGUCAUCACCCUGUUCCUAGAGGGAGAGACGAGGUGAGAUCUGAGCAUGAGGCAUCUGAACUUAGCCUGAAGAUAAAAUGAGCUGCAGAACCAUGGCCCCAGGUGGCUGGCGAGGCCCUGGUGAGAAGUCCUUGGCCAGGAAGGGUCUUCUGGAAAGUCACAUCAUCAGAGGGCGGUUUUUGAGCUUUCUAUAAGCUAUAGCUUUGUUUAUUUCACCUGUUCACUUACUGUAUAAUUUAAAAUCAUUUAUGUAGCUGAGACACUUUGAUAUUUCAAUCAUAUCAUGAAUGUUUUAUUUUGCUAAAUCAUGUGCCAUGUGUAGGCUCUCAUGUGUACACUGUGUCUAAGAGAAGAAGAAAAAAAAAAAAGAAAGGAAGAAAGGAAGGAACCCACAUGCCAUUUUCCUGAUUCAAAUUCUACAGUAGAAUGGAGGGUAGAAUACUGGGACUCAAGCACUCAGCUAGACUGGAGUUCAAGGAAAGAGAAGGUACUAGAAACAGCCUCCUCCAGCCUCCUCCCCAUGGAAUCCCAAGGGUGGGAAGGAGAAGAAGAAAAACAAAACAAACACAAAAGGACACUGAUGUUCUUGUCCUGUAUCAGCUAGCCCUGGGUCAUCUGCCACCCACUUCCCAAGACCUUUCUCCUACUCAGCCAGGAAGCUAUGGUUUCUGCAAAGUCCGGGGCCAUGGCAACCAGGACUCCAAGCUCUCUUUGUCUCAUCCAGGCAUCUUUUCUGCCUUCCAACCAAGGAAUAACUAUGCACAAGCUGUUGCUUCCCAGGCUAGCACUGUGCUAUAGCCAGGCCAGGGAGCUUAAGGAAACCUCAGUGCCUACCUUCUCCAGCCCUAUCCCUGCCACACAAACACGGUUUCAUGCUGUGCUUCUUAAACAAUAAAAGACACACAAUGGCUUUUGGGGAUAGAUCUGUCUGGGAGAUAAUGUACGUCCAGGAGGCAUUACCCUUCCAUGCCUCAUGCCUAGAUGGCACAUAGGUGGUUGGCUCCCUGCUACUUAAAGUUAAACACAUCACUCUAGUGUUUGUAUCAGAGAGAAACUUUAAAAAUUAACUCUAAUGGCAGAAGUACAAUGAAAUGGGAGAAGGCAGGAGAGAUGGUCUUGACAGAUCUAAGUUGGCUAUUUGGAUUGAGGAGGAGAGGACCUAAGAAAAUGACCAUGUUCUGAGGACAGGGGUACCUUAGAUUCUCUAUGACUACUUUUCCUCUAACCAGUUGGCUGUGCUGAAGCCCAGUAAUGAUGAAGAGACACCAACCAGAGAAAACCCUGUCUAGAAGGAAUGUAUUUGUUGCUAAAUUUUGUAGCACUGUUUACAGUUUUCCUCCAUGUUAUUUAUGAAUUUUAUAUUCCGUGAAUGUAUAUUGUCUUGUAAUGUUGCAUAAUGUUCACUUUUUAUAGUAUGUCCUUUAUUCUAAACAGUAAAGUGGUUUUAUUUCUAUCACA